UUUUCCCCCAACCGACAAAGUCGCCUACUCUCUUGUAAGCCGAGAGAACUCGCAUAAUGCCUAUGGCCGUGGACGAGUACACAAGGGGGGCUCCAGACUGAUUUCGCUUAUUUUUUUGCCCCGUUGUCGGGUACCCCAUAGUGAUGGACCAGGUUCGGUCCAGUGCAUCGAGAAUCUUCAACAUAACUUCUGUCGAAGGCCGAGAUGAUUGGGAUGAGAAAUGCGAUCGUACAUAUGGAGUUGUGCAAAAUCUGAUAAAUGAUUUAUCAGAGAAAGAAGCUCAUGAUGCUCUCACUAGUGCUGUGUGCAAGGAUGCCAAAACUCAUGAAGAUGUGUGUGUUGGUCUAGUUUAUGUGAUUCUCACUGACCAACAAAAUGCUGCAAGGAGCUACCGUGACCUGUCAUUUGUCUCAAGGGAUGGUUUAGCCCUUGUUUUGACUCAUUUGACUCAACUAGUGGUUGAAAGGUUUCCCAGACUACUGGAUUCAGUACGCAGUCAAUUAAUUUGGCUCAUCAAGGAGCUAGUAAGGGCGAAUGUCACUGGGACUGACAUGGUGAUCUGGAAUCUAAUGAGGCAGAUUGCAGGUGGUGAUGUGGCAGCAAAAAACAUUUGGCUUGCUGACACUUUGAUGGAGUUAUUGAUUGACCAGAGAGUAUGGCUUGACAAGUUUCCAUUUCUCAUUGCCUCUGUGGUCUACACUUACCUCAGAUUGAUUGAAGAUCAUAUUAACCCAACCCAUGCAUUCAUCCGGCAAAAGGAAAUAAACUUUUGCAUCUCCUUAUUGAGAGAAAAAUUUAGUGAUUGUAUGGCCAUUGGAAGAGACUUGGUCCGACUUCUUCAGCAUGUUGCCCGCGUCCCCGAGUUUGAGCUAUUAUGGAGGGACAUUCUGCACAACCCUAAAGCCCUUUUACCAACUUUUACUGGUCUGUCUCAGCUUAUGCAGAUUCGAACGUCGCGUCGUUUCCUAUAUCUCCGCCUCACUCCCGACAUGGAGAAAAAGAUAAUCUUUUUGACGUCAUCUGUUCGCUUUGGUAAUCAGAAACGCUACCAGGAUUGGUUUCAACGCCAGUACCUGUCGACACCCGAGUCGCAAUCACUUCGAUGCGAUCUAAUUCGGUUCAUCGUGGGAGUUAUUCACCCGUCCAACGAAGUCCUCUGUUCGGAAAUAAUACCCCGAUGGGCCGUCCUCGGUUGGCUCCUCACCACUUGCACACACCCGGUUGCUGCAGCCCACGCCAAAAUGGCUUUGUUUUACGAUUGGCUGUUUUACGAUGGUGAACGUGAUAACAUUAUGAAUAUAGAGCCCGCCAUAUUAGUCAUGUACCAUUCGAUGAGGCCUCACCCUGCUAUUACUGCCACAUUGCUGGAUUUUCUUUGUAGGAUAAUUCCAAAUUUCUACCCGCCAAUGGCUAAUCAAGUCCGGUUGGGUAUUCUGACGUCGCUGCGCCAGAUAUUGGAAAAACGAGUGUUACCCUCUCUCUCCCCACUUAUGAACAACCCAAAGCUGGACAAGGAACUCCAGCUACUCAUUCAAGAAUCGUUUCCCGAGUUCUGCCGAGCAACGCAGAACAGCAGUCCGCCAACAGCUGACGGGGUUAAAACGGAGGAUUUUAAAGAGUUGGACGGCGACAGUAUGAUUGUCAGUAGCAGUAGUGAAUCUGUACUGGCUCCUCCUUCCCUCAUUCCGGCUUCCGAUACGCAUCUCAGUGACGAACCAGUCUUCAGCGAGGAAGAGGACCAGGAUGACAUUCCUAUUGGUAAGUGUCAUGUUUUCACUAUGGCAACAUAUUUUUUUUCCCUUCCUAUUACUGUUCUAAUGGUUUCUUUGCAUACCUGUUUAGCCACCAAGAUAAAGAUGAGAGGCAAGAUGACCACGAAUUCUGUGCGAACAAUUCCUCCUCAAUUACUUGAAAUUUCCAACACUGUGGCCCAACUCGACGGGGAUGUACGGGUCUACGUUGAAAUGCUCGUCUCUGAAUCGGAUAUUGAAGCACGUUGCUCUGCUGUGGAGAAUCUGGUCCAGUCGAUUUCUCAAGAUCCUCUUGAAAGCGACCAAGCUCAAAUGUUGGUUCAAUGUCUGCAUGCCAUAUUCCUGCAUGACCUGAGUACAACGCCGUUACUCACAGGGUCUCAGAUCAACUCAGAAGCCAUGGAAGAAAGCAUAUCACGCCCCAUGUUCGUCCUACUCCGUUGCUUCGCAGAGAUGGUUGAUGAUGAUUCAAAGAGUCGGUCUCCAAUAACGGAGUUGCUAGUGGAGUUGUACAAGCUCCAGCCUAAGACGGGUUAUUUUCUCUUAUACUUUUUACGAGCAAGUAAAGCCAACGAAUCCAAGUUUGCUUCCUAUCGAGAAGUCUGCCAAGCUCGGGAUAUGGAAGUAGCUCAUUGUUUGCUGGAAGAUUUGAAGAUCUGUGCUGAUGAUGACGUCAAUCUACUCUGCUACAUGGCAGUGGACGUGUUUCAAAAGUUCCCAGACGAGAGUCGCAACAAUAGUGAGCUUUUACAUCUAUACGUAUCAAACAUUGACGGGACGCAGCUCUACCAACUCGUGGUUCAGUGCUUACUUGGUGCCCUGGUUCUUUUUGAUAAAGAUCCUUCCGUCAUCGAGUUGCUGGUAUCUAGCCUUGAGUGGGAGACAUUUGAACAGAUGGCCUUAUGGCAGCUGGUGGCGGCCCACAACAUACCUCUAUCAAUGUUACUCUCUCUGCUUCCCAAGCUAAAGGAAGACCAGCAUUGCGAAGCACUCACAGCGCUCAUGGCGAUGAUCAAACACGAGCGCCCCAAUAACGACCUUAUGAAGGCACUGCUGAGUUGUCCAAUCGAGAGCUUCAUCUCUGCGUUGCUAUCUCAUUGGUCGAUGGAAUCGUCAACACUACUGGCACAGAUAUUGGCCAAUCAGUUCAACUCGGCGCUCAACAUGAAUUCACUUCCCGGGGGUCUUUCGUCGAGCAAUUCGCCGGGAAAGCGGAAGAGGACAACGAUGAACUCGCUUUCUGCUGCAACUGGUUUCAAAGUUACACCAACCCCUGGUUCUGGCAUUGAUUCUUCUAUUGAAUUGAUGAUGACGCACAUGGAAAUACUGAGAACAUGCCUGACGGCCAAUUUGCUGACGAAAAAUGGCAAACAGCAGCCGGCAGAGAUCAAAGUCUUUGCUCACGAGAGCAUGCAGCAGGCGCUACAACAGGUGCAACAAGUAUGUAACGACUCGCAAAAGAAAAAGUUCAGUGACCUUUUCUCGCUGCUGGACACAAACGACGAGCCGGAAGUGAGUAGUGGUAGUCGGCGACCCGCCGGACGAGGAAAUAAACGAACUGGCAAUCGAGUGACGACCAAUAAUUCGAACCGCAACAGCAAGCAAUCGAACAAGGAGGAGAGCGAAGACGAGAGCAGCGAAGAAGAGAUCAUCAUUAAGCAGCGGACGGCCAAGAAGAGAAGGAAAGCCACGGUCGGGUCGGACUCUGACUGAGAGUAGAGAUGGAGUAAAACAACAACAAAAUAAAAACAUUACAAACUAUAACAGUGGCACAAAAUUGUGUGAUCGACUGGCCUGUGACCGAGUCUGUGAAUGAAGUUCGAAUCAUUCGACUUUUUAUUUAAAACAAACAUCACUCAUCAUAGACCUGCCAUGACUUUGAAUGAUCCGUUCGACGACUGCCAUACCAGGAGGCUUGUUAUUCCAUUGGGUGAUCGUUCCGAGUCUUGGGCUGUUCUUUCUCAACCUCUUUGACCGAGUCGUGGCUCUUGAUAUUCGUUCUUUUUUUUUUCUUUUUUCAGCAAUGUCGUCCUGAUUGAGUGUACAGCAAAAAAAAAAUGGGCACAGUCCAUGGUGUGACCAUUCAAAAUUGUAAAUACAUCUGUUUCUCAUUCUAUUUCGAAAAAGUGGGAUAACCCCCGUGUAAAAAGAUUUCUCGCACCGUUUCCCCUCGUUUUUCUUCCUGAGCUCAUACAAGUGUUGAAGAGGAACAAUAAAAAUCAAAUGAAAAUUG